AUGGUAGCCCCAGCAUCGGCGGCGCGAUCCCCGCCGCCGGUUGACGCGGUGCAGAGCAUCUCCCUGCAGAAAAGGGAGGUCACUGAGGCGGACAUACGCGGUAUGGGCGCGUGGGCGAGACAACGGGCCGUGCAAUUCGAUAUAAGCGGGAUGGCGAAUGCGACAAGACCCCAGGAACUGGCUGACCUUCUGGCGGUGCCGUCGUCGACGGCGGUGCGGCUGAGCAACUACCUCAACAUGCAGUUCUACGGCACCGUGAGCAUCGGCACCCCGCCGCAGCGCUUCUCCAUGCUCUUCGACACUGGCUCCUCCGACACCUGGGUGCCCUCCAGUACCUGCCGCACCAACAUAGCGUGCUACACGCACAACCGCUUCAACAGCUCCAAGUCCAAGUCGUUUAAAACAACUGGUGAGCCCUUCCUCGCGCGCACAUGCCACCAUACGUACGCGCAUGCUAGCCACACGCACGCGCAUGCUAGCCACACGAAGACGAUGCAGGAGCAGGGGCUGCUGCCCAAGCCGCUCUUCUCCUUCUGGAUGAACCAGAACGGCGGCAGCAAGGCCGGCGGCGAGGUCAUGUUCGGGGGCGUCAACCCUGCGCGCUACUCAGGCUCGCACACCUUCACACCCGUAGUCGGCUCUGGCAGAUACUGGAACAUUCGGAUGGGCAAGGUCAAGAUGGGAGCGAUGACCAUCGCCUCAUGCAGCAGUGGCUGUGACGCUGUACCCGACACUGGCACGUCACUCAUCAUCGGCCCCACUGCAGCUAUCCAUCAGAUCUACUCUCAAAUGGGCAUCUCCAUGUGCUCCUCCCCCCCGUGUGCAGUGCCGUGCACCCAAGUGCCCGCGCUGCCACCGCUCUCUUUCACCAUAGAGGGGCGCACCUUCACGCUCUCACCGCGCCAGUACGUGCUGCAGGUCGCCCAGCCCAGCGACCCGCGCUCAGGGGGAGGCAGGAGCGGCGGCACGGCGUGCUUUGCGGCGUUCGUGGGCAUGGACUUUGCCAUCUCGCCCAAUGGCCAUGCGUGGAUACUGGGGGACACGUUUCUCAUGGCGUACCACUCCAUCUUCCACUUUGGCAAGCCCAUGCGCGUCGGAUUCGCCACCUCGAGAUAG